CAGACCUCAAUAGUUCAAUUAGGCCCCUGCUGUCUUUUUUCUUGGUUUUUUUUUUAUGCUAGCUAGCUUCAUUUUACAGAAUAGACAUCAAAACUGGAAAUAGAUAGUUACCAAAACAUGAACAUCCUCGGUUGCAAUAUUUGGAAUUGGACCGUCAGUGUGAGAAGAGCUGCCAGGAUUUUUUCGUUUGCUGGAUUUUCGAUUGGUGGUGCUCAUGGCUUUCGAUGGAGAGAGAUGGGCAGAUGGCGAGUGGCGACUGCCGUCGACGAGGGGCGACAAUGGGGGCCCUGCGCCUGCACUGCUGGAAGCUGGAUGGUGGUGGCUGACUGGCUGUCGUGCUCUGCUCUGCUACCCCCGGCGCCGGCGGUGACUCAUGGUGCAGAGAUGGAGGGCGGCGACUCUCGACUCUCGAGACUCGAGUUGUUGUUGGGAGGCAGGCGUGGCGGCGACUGGAAAUCAGUGAUGGGAGGGCGGCGGCGACGGCGACUGAGGGUCGGGAGACGGAACGGAAUGGAGUUUUGGCUGCUGGUCGCUGGAGGGUCGGGAGACGAUCGAUUCGAAGGAGACUGGCUGGCGGCUGCUGGAGGUGGAGGGCGAGACUCGAGAGGCAGAGAGGAGAGGCAGAGGCCGAGAGGGUUAGGGGUUGUUAGGGCUUGUUUCGGUUGGGAUUGGGUCAUUGGGAGGCUGGCUGCUGGGCUGGGUUUCUUCAAUUGGGUUUGGGCUUGCAGCCCAGCCCUUGCCCCUUGGCCCAUUACCACUUACUAGCUUAUACAACAUUUCGGUUUACGGUUCGGAAUUCGGAAUUCGGUUUCGGGCGGUACCACCAUGUAUUCCGAAGUAGAAGGAUUUUGCAUCCGAAUUCCGAUCCGAAAUGAAGGAAAUUCGGUUUCGGUCGGUUCGGGGUCGGUUCGGUUCGGUUCGGAGAGUUAAAACCGGACCGAACGCCCACCCCUAGUCAGAUGGGAACGGCACACGCAACUCACGUGACAUAAGGCACUGGUUUGGUUAUAUCAUGUUUUGUAACCGUAUUACGGAUAAUCCAUGUUGUUUAAUAUCAGAUAAGCCCCCAAAUUAUUGGGUAAUACUCCAUCUGGACCCAUUACUUUUCCAAUGCGAUCCAAAAAGACCCAUCACUUGCGUUUGCUCAGAGUCCGGAUCUUGUCCUUUUCCUCAUCUCCAUCCCCUUUGCUUUUUUCUUUUGGUUGAUGAUUUUGGCCACUGGUUUUCUGAUUGCUAUGGCAUUGAGGUUUGUCUUUAUAGAGUUCUCUAGGGAUUGCUUUUGGUUGGAUGGUGUACAAUUUUUUUUUGUGGCAUUGUUAAACUAUUUGAUUCUACCUACCCCUAAUCUUUAGUCUACGAAUCCAGGCUCAUAUGGGGAGCAUGAUUGGAUGUUCUUUCUGCUCAAUUGGGUUGGUGUAUUAUAGGAACAAAAGCAAAAAAUGUUG